GUUUGAUCCCCAUUGUAGUUUAUUUUUUGGAGUACGCUCCGUAAGUCAACGCAAACAACACGCUUUAUUUUGCGAACAUCUGAACGUAAAACAAAACCAUUCUAUUUUUUAAAUUAAAUAUUUUCUCAUUCCUCCCCAACAUUUAAGUUUUUCUAGUGACAGUGAGAACAAAACUUGCAUUUUGAAGAAAUUCCUCGGCCUCUGGUCUUUUGGAGUAAUUGACGGAUCUAAUCGGACUAACACACGACUCAUUUGGUUAACCGUUACCUCUUCGAAAGUCGGAGUACGCGCUACGUAAAUUCACAAUUAUGUCAACUAUACCCAAGAGACGACGUCGCAAUCAUACGGAACCACCGUCCCCCGAGCCAGUUCAUUAUAUCGAUCUGACAGCUGAUUCUCCAAUGCAAUCAACAAGGCACACUCGCGGGAGAGCUCAUCAACCAGAUGAGCAAAAUUGCGAUGAAGUGACUGAUAGCAAUUCACAAGUUUCACGAGUCGGAGUGAGCAUUCGACUGAUGGACACUAUCAUUAUUGACUCUGCAGAAACAUCACCUACUAGAGGGACAUCAGUACCACGACGUGUUGGCAGGCCCAAAAGGAGAUCUCCAGCCACAUCUACAGCGGCUGCUUUAGAAAAUGGCUCAGUCAUUGACGUAGAGAGCUCAAUCGACGAUGACAAUAAACUCAUACCCCAGAUUAAUGAUUCAGUUGAUGGUUCACCAACAGUUCUCACCUGUCCAGUCUGUUUUGAAGAUCUAAGAGCAUCUCGUAAGCCUAUGUCAACGAAAUGCGGUCACAUAUUUUGUGAGGAAUGUCUCAUUGCCACUCUCGGCAGUCAGAAGAAGUGCCCCAAGUGUAAAGGCUCAAUCACUCGAAAAACCUGCCACCGCAUUUAUUUUUAAUUUUUGUAAAUUUUUUGGUUUAUAUACAUAUUUUCUGCUACCAGGAUAACUUUUAUUUUUAUUAAUCAUACUAUUGUAGAAGCUAGAUGCAUAGACAUUUUUCAAACAUGUAGUUGAUUAUUGAACGACAAUUGGCUUUUCCUUUGUUGAUUAAACAUUAAACAUUUAGGUUUAUCUUUAUUAUUGAGAAAUAUUCAUCUAUAGUAAAUUGUAUUUCUUUAUUGUCAAUCCAUAAAUCAUAUAGUGAUCAUUUGAUAUAAUCAUAAUAAUAAUAAUGAUAAUAAUAAUACAUGCCUUGAACUCAA